UACACAAAGCAAUUUCAAAAGCUUCUUGUAUUCCUAAGCUAUACUUCUUUGGGUUCCCAAUUAGCCACAUUGAUCUUUCAAUGGCAUCCCCCCUACUACUACUGUUGGUUUUUUCCAUGAGUGCUAGUGCACUUUUAGUCCAAGCCAGUUAUGUCAAAGAAACCCGAAUGGUCUUGUACUUCCAAGACAUCUCGACAGGUCCAAAUGCCACAAGCAUACCAAUUGCAGGCAUUGCCGGAAAGCUUUGGACCUUCACUCAGUUUGGAACAGUUUAUGUCACUGACGACACCAUGACCGAAGGUCCAAGCCCAAAGUCAGCCGUAGUUGGCCGGGCACAAGGCGUGUCAGUGGCAGCAGCGCUAGACGGGAGUAAUGCCCUUGUCUUGGUAUCGCUUGUGUUCACUAAUAAGGAGUACAAUGGCAGCACUAUAGAGAUACAAGGAAACAGUAAGCAAUUCGAGUCUGUCAGAGAGGUUGCAGUGGUAUCAGGUACCGGGAAAUUCAGGUUUGCUAGAGGAUAUGCUACCUUUGAAUCAUACUUCGUGGAUCUUCCGAGUGCCUACUCAAUAUUACGGUGCAAUGUUACAGUGCAACAUUACUAGCAUAUCGAAUCCUACUUCAUCUUCGUUUACCUGCAAUUAUAUAUGCCCUAUUUCUUUACUAAUAAAACCUCACAGAAGAAUAGAAGAGAGUAUAUCUCAGCGCACAAUUAUACUCGCAUGGUUUGACAUACAAUUGGUCCAACACGGAAAGACAAGCUAGGUGCCGACUUUGAAUAUUCGUCCUUAUAUUUGUUUUUCCGUUUACAUCUAUCUAGUUUUGUAUUAUCUUUCAUGCUGAUUAAAUAAAUUUAAAUCCCCUGUUCAAAAAAUAAAUUUAAAUCCCAAUUCACAUUA